AUGACUUCGGCGCGGCGACGCAGGAGGGGCGCGCGGGGUGCCCGACAUCAGCUGAUGCAGAUGUUAGCAGUGGUAUCUCUGUCGUCAUGCCAGAAAGAUGACGCCAUCAUCAGGAAUGACUUCGAGGGCCCCAACCCUGACGGCUCAUACAAGUGGGCGUUACAGACGGAUCCUGAACAUACAGUCCACAACAGUUCCUGGUCCUUCGAGCCGGAUUCAGAUCGCCGAAGCACUUCAUCGUGGGAACAUCUGGUGCCAUCGCGGAACGCGCUCAGUACCUCCCUGCCAUUUCACCGAUCCGAGAUGGUAGUGACCCGGAGUCAGAGCGACGCUGUGGAGCUGGAGGAACAACGCCGCGAGGAAGAGCAACGGCGCGAGACCGAACGUCUCGCCCUCCAACGAAUCGAAGAGGAACGUCAGAGGCGGUUAUCUCAGGCACCCCCCGCCUCACCGACCGUCGCGACGCGCUCAGUCCGCGAACAACCGACGACUAGCGCGACGAUCGAACCCGCGCCCCUCACCGCGGGCGCCCCGCCCCUCACCGCGGGCGCCCCGCACCUCACCACGGGCGCCCCGCACCUCACCGUCGGCACCGCACCCCGCACCGCCGCCCCCGCUGCGACACGACGCGUUGCAGAUACACUGCGCGGAUCGCUCGCGCCCUCCAUACGUUCGACGAAUGCUACUGCAAGACUACGCUUGGCUGAAUUAGAAGCCGCGGAACAACUGGCGAAGCUUGAACGACGCAAGAUGGAAUUAGAAGCCGAUUUGAUUCGGAAGCGUCUCGCCGUCGAACAAGAGAACAUCCAAGAGGAAGAGAGCGCUCGUCUGCAGGAAGAGGACGUAUGCCUGGGACCCAAUGACCGGGUCGAUGACUGGUUCAUGCGCAUGGACGAGACACGGGACGAAGAACAGAAGCAGACCCGUUUCGAGGAGAGAGCCAGACGCCGCGCGCCGCUACGCUCCUCGCCGACACCUCAACGCGCACCGCGUCAUCUCUCACCGUCGCCUGAACGAGUGCGACGCCCCCGACAGUCGCCGGAACGUGUGCGACACCUCUCACCGUCGCCUGAACGAGUGCGACGCCCCCGACAGUCGCCGGAACGUGUGCGACACUUCUCACCGUCGCCUGAACGAGAGCGACACCCACUACGGUCGCCGGAACGAGACCGACACCCGUCAGCGGAACGAAGACGCCGAACCUCGAACGCGAAGCAAGGCAUCGAGCAAUUGGCAGAGGCACUCGAGCGGAUGGCGCGACCACGCAUCCGGAACGUCGAGCUACCCAUCUUCAGCGGCAACCCGAACGAAUGGCUGCCCUUCAAAGCAACAAUGAGAGAUUCAACACGUCUCUACAAUUUGAGCGCCGCCGAGAACCUACAGCGACUACGGACGUGCCUACGGGGGGAGGCACGCGAAGCCGUGGCGGCACUGCUGUACACCGCAACCGAUCCGAGCGUCAUAAUGAAGACACUGGAACAAUGCUUCGGGCGCCCCGAGGUGCUGAUCGACCGGGCGCUAGAAGAAAUUAGACGACUACCGAGGUUGGGACCGUCUGCGAUAGACCUCAAUAACUUCGCGAUCAAGCUGCGCAAUCAAGUGUGCAUACUGGAGUCCAUCGACAAACGGGGCUUCAUCCACAACCCACUGCUGGCUCGAGAAGUACUUGGCAAGCUCAGCCCGCAUCAUCGGUCACGCUGGUGCGACUACGCAUCUCAACAUGAAGAGGACAACGUUCCCGAGAUCGUCAUGAUGUCCCGAUUCCUGACACACGAGGCGAACUUAGCGAUCUCCUUCAUGUACGCCCCGAGUGCCAGCACCGUCGCCGCUGCUACUGCUCCCGCUGCGAACAGAAGCAAAGAAUUAAAGGCCAGCACGAGUGGGAGAUCAUCAUUGGGAAGAAAACCAGAAGCCAUCUACAACACGAGCGAGCGAGCCGUCCAGUGCCCCAGCUGCGGAGAAGAUCACAAGUUGCCGCAGUGCCAAUCCUACAAGGCACUGACAGUCAACCAGCGAUGGGACUUCGUGAAGGAGAGAGGUCUCUGCUUCAAAUGUGUCGCCUCGAAACAUCGACGCAUAGCAUGCAAGGCGCGGGUGUGCGGCGUGAACCAAUGUCGCCGUCCACAUCACGCUACGCUACACGAGGACCCGCCCGCCGCCGCAGCCGAACCGCAACCAUCGACGAGUGGCCCGGAAACAGUCAUGUCGGUGGCCACUACCGCCACUGGCCCGAGGACUGUCCUGCUGAAGGUCUGCCCAGUGAUCGUGAGCGGACCACGGGGGGAGGUCUCCACCUACGCCCUACUGGAUGAAGGCGCCACCGUCACUCUUAUUGACAACGAGCUGGCGGAGAGCAUCGGCGCAAGUGGACCCACACAGCCACUGAACCUGCGCGGUGUGAACAUGGCGCAACAAGAAGAGGAGAGCAGAUCAGUCGCGGUGCAACUCCGAGGCAAGAAUGAACACGCACCGUACGGAAUAAGGGCACGCACAGUGAAGAACCUUAUUCUACACCAGCAGACCAUCCCUAAGUCGCUACUGAGAAAAUACAAGCACCUACGCCUGGACAAGAACGAGAUGUGCUACGAGCUAGCACGCCCUAGAGUCCUAGUGGGGACAGACCACUGGGAAUUGAUCGUGUCCCGUGAACUACGAGUUGGCGGCCCGAACGAACCCGCCGCAUCAAGAACGCAGCUUGGAUGGGUGGUACACGGAUCCGUACCACGCAACACCAUCAUUCAACAAGGGAGCGUGCUGCAUGUUUACGAUGUAGAACGACACGGGGACACAACCGACCAGUACGACCGACGUCUCGAGCAACUCGUCGAGGCGCACUUCAAGAUUGACGCACUGGGUGUCAGUCACAAACCGCUCGUGGGCGUUGCCAAUCAGCGCGCUCGGGACAUCGUGCAGAAGACGAUGAAGAAGAUCGACGGGGCCUACGAGGUUGGACUUCCAUGGCGUCGUGACGACGUGACCAUGCCUCCAAGCUACGAUGCAGCCUUCCGACGUCUGAGAAGCAUCGAGAGGAAGAUGGACGCUUCACCCGACUUCGCCAAGCAGUACACGGCCCAAAUGGAGAACCUGCUGAACAAGGGCUACGCAGCACCAUGUGACGGUCAUGAACGAGCGAGCACCGUCAGUUGGUUCCUGCCACACUUUGCCGUGCAGAACCCCAAUAAACCAGGAAAACUACGCCUGGUUUUCGACGCCGCCGCACGCAGCCACGGUGUCUGCCUGAACGACGAGUUACUAGAGGGACCGGACCUGCUACUGUCACUGCAGGGGAUCGUAUUCCGGUUCAGAGAGAGACCAGUCGCCGUCACUGCGGACAUACAAGAGAUGUUCCUGCGUGUGAAGAUCCGCCCAGAAGACCAACCCGCCCAGCAGUUCUUGUGGAGGGGAAACGACCGGAAGAAUCCGCCUCGCUGCUUCAAGAUGACGAGCAUGAUCUUCGGCGCGGCCAGCUCACCCUUCAUGGCUCACAGCGUGCGAGACCACAACGCGCAUGCUCACGCGCACACUCACCCACGUGCGCUGGAGGCCAUCACACACAGUCACUACAUGGAUGACUUUGUGGCGAGCUAUGAAGACAUCGAGGAGGGCCGCCGAACCAUCAACGAGGUGAUAGAAGUCCACGCAGACGCCGGCUUCACUUUGCGCGGGUGGAACUCCAACUACGAGGGAGUCCUGGACGAAGUGCCCGUAGAGCUUCGAGCGACCCAACCAACGCAGCUCGGAGGAGAGGGCCACGCCGAGCACAAAAUACUUGGCCUCUACUGGAACGCAGGUCGAGACGAACUGGGGUUCAACACGUCGCUCAAUAGAGUACCGAACGAGGUGCGAACACGAAGCCGCGCGCCUACGAAGCGAGAAGCUCUCAGUGCGGUCAUGAGCAUAUACGACCCGCUGGGACUCCUGAGCCACUACACGAUCCGAGCGAAGAUCAUUCUUCAGGGCCUAUGGCGUCUUAAGUUGCCAUGGGACGAGCCGAUCCCGGAAGAAGAAGCCGGACAAUUUAUGAGCUGGUUGGCACAGCUGGAAGAGAUCGCCCGGCUACGACUACCACGAUGCUACGAGAUGAAGAACCAUCAGCGCAUCGAGCUACAUAUCUUCUGCGACGCCAGCGAGCAAGCAUACGCGACGGUGGCCUACUGGAGGAUAGUGCGCUGCGACGGAAGCAUCGGGGUCACUCUGGUUGGCGCCAAGUCAAAGGUGGCGCCGCAGCGAACACAAACGAUCCCGCGACUGGAACUACAAGCCGCCGUCAUCGGAGUGAGGUUGGCCGACACGCUGAAAAAGGAACACCGCAUCAAGAUCGACAGUGUCACCUACUGGACGGACUCAGCGACGGUGAUACACUGGGUGCGGAACGACGCUCGGCGCUACACCCCAUUCGUGGCGCACAGGCUGAGCGAGAUCGCAGAGCUCACCCAGAAGGACGAAUGGCGAUGGCUCCCCACUACACACAACGUAGCCGACGACGCCACAAGAUGUCAUGGGACUACAAUCAGCGUGAACGACCGCUGGUUUCAGGGGCCAGACUUCUUAUACGAGUCACCGGAACACUGGCCCGCUGAACAGUCAUCGCACAUCGAGGAGGAAGACGUCCUUCACACUGGGACACGCGAUGGACAGAAGGAGGACUGGCUACCUGACCCUGGUCGAUUCUCCAAAUACGAAACGCUAAUCAGAGCGGCGGCACGGGUACUGGCGUUCAUCGACAUGUGCCGCAAGAAGACAAAGAACCUGGAAGUGGAGCACUUGGAACGCGCCGAACGAGCACUCCUGCAAAGAGCUCAGCGUGAGAGCUUUGGCGCUGAAAUAGAACGGAUCCAAGCAGGGCGCUCCAUUUCCAAGACAAGCCGCCUAUACAAGCUAGACCCGGAGCUACAAGAUGGGAUCCUGCGUGUUCGAGGUCGUAUUGGAGCCGCGACCGUUCCAGAACAUAUGAAGCGACCAAUCAUCCUGGACGGCCGUCAUCACCUGACCAAGUUGCUGGUGCUGAGGGAACACUGCGCCGCCGGCCACGCCAACCGAGAGCGCGUGACCAACGACCUACGACAACGAUACUGGAUCAUACAUCUGCGACCAACAGUACGCGCUGUCGAGCAUGCCUGCGCACUCUGCAAAGUGCGGCGAGCCAUGCCGCGAGCACCAGCGACGGGGAAUCUACCGCAAGCCCGACUGGAACCAUUCCACCGCCCCUUCACGAACUGCGGAGUGGACUACUUCGGCCCAAUGAUGGUGAAGAUCGGACGACGACGAGAGAAGAGGUGGGGCGCGCUCUUCACAUGCCUCACCACGCGAGCUAUACAUGUCGAGCUCGCCGCCUCCCUCUCCACCGACUCGGCGCUAAUGGCGUUGCGGCGCAUGGCCGCACGCAGAGGAUGGCCCCGCGUCAUCUACUCGGACAACGCGACGAACUUUCGCGGAGCAGACCACGAGCUGAAGGCCGCCUACAAGGAAUGGGCGCCCGCACUGCAACAAGAAGGGAUGCUGCACAGAACGGAGUGGCGGUUCAUCCCACCUGGAGCGCCUAACCAGGGAGGAGCCUGGGAGCGCAUGGUGCGCUCAGUGAAGGCGGCACUAGGCGCUGUACUUAAGGAAAAGGCGCCACCGGAGGAAGUGCUCCAGACGCUGUUAACGGAGGUGGAAUUCUCGGUCAACGCCCGCCCCCUCACUCAUGUCAGCGUGGACCCGAACGACCCGGAGGCCCUCACACCCAACCACUUUCUGUUGGGAGGAUCCAUGGGGCUGCCAACCACCGGACCAUGCGACGAAGCCGACCGACGAGCUUGGCGAGCAAGCCAGGCCCUCGCCGACCAUUUCUGGCAACGCUGGCUGAAGGAGUACCUGCCGACACUGGUACCUCGAGGCGAGCCUACGAACAACGACGCCGGGCUGAAAGAAGGAGACAUCGUAGUGGUAGUUGACCCGACACUGCCACGAAACGUCUGGCCAAUGGGGGAGGUGAUUCGGACCUUCAUCGGACCUGACGGCGGGAUACGAGUCGCCGACGUCAGAACCAGAACGGGAAUCUUCAGGAGACCAACGAGGAAGCUCGCCGUGCUGAUCAAGAAGGAGGCUUCGCAAGCUACGCCGGGGGGAGAGAUGUAG